GGUGCUGAUCGCGAUGCGGGUUUGCCGGCAGAGCCCAGACGGGCGGCGGCGGCUGUCGGCGUGCGGGUGUGAGUGGCGGCGGGCGGGCGGCGGGGCCGCGCCCGGCGAUGAGGCACGAGGCGCCCAUGCAGAUGUCAUCCGUUCAAGAUUCCAAAUAUGGCCAGAAAGAUACAUCUGACCAGAACUUUGAUUACAUGUUCAAACUUCUUAUUAUCGGCAACAGCAGUGUUGGGAAAACCUCAUUUUUGUUUCGAUAUGCUGAUGAUUCCUUUACGUCUGCAUUUGUAAGCACGGUUGGGAUCGAUUUCAAAGUAAAAACAGUUUUCAAAAAUGAAAAAAGAAUUAAGCUGCAGAUUUGGGACACAGCAGGACAGGAGAGAUACAGAACAAUUACCACAGCUUACUACCGGGGUGCAAUGGGCUUCAUUUUAAUGUAUGACAUCACAAAUGAAGACUCUUUCAAUGCUGUGCAGGAUUGGUCAACUCAAAUCAAAACAUACUCUUGGGACAAUGCCCAGGUUAUUUUGGUUGGCAACAAAUGUGACAUGGAGGAUGAACGAGUAAUCUUCACUGAGAGGGGCAAACAUUUAGCAGAGCAACUUGGGUUUGAAUUUUUUGAAACAAGUGCCAAGGAAAACAUUAAUGUCAAGCAGACAUUUGAGCGACUUGUGGAUAUCAUCUGUGACAAAAUGUCAGAAAGUCUGGAGAUGAAUCCCACCAUUGCUGCCAGCAACCAGAAUACACGGCUAAAGGACACCCCUGCUCCACAGCAGCCCAACUGCAGCUGUUAAUGCAGCUAUCAGCAAAGGCUCCAGUGUGUUCCAUUGCCAACAGAGUUUUUCAGAGUGUUUAUGAAUAGUCUAUAUGCCUUUAUUUACACUGUCUUAUUAAUUUAUUUGGGAAAACAGUCUUAUUUUAUGUCAGCAGCAGUUUGAGUAUGCAUAUGGAGAUGGAGCAAUUAUUAGUCUGAAAGGAUGAUCCAUAUUUUAGAAUCUGACUUUUGCAUGCAGCCUGGCUAUUAAUUUCUCUUUUCCUUUUAGUGUUUUACAUAACAAUUACUUCAGCUGGUGCCAUGUCCUCAGAGCACAUUUGCCUAGAAUUGUCUCUCACUUCAUCACUUUCAAGUUAUAUAAUGAAAUCCAUAGGGUAGUGGCCAGGGAGUUUUAGAAUAAGCCUCCCGAUGUCACUUAUAUAUUAUCCUGACUGAAAAUGAAUUUAGAAGUAUCCUUGUAGUGAGACAAUCCCUCAUUCUGUCCAGGUCAUUUGUAUAAGGGACACUUCCUGUAGCACAUUACCUUGGCAAAUCUACAUUCAAUAUGUUACACAUCCUGGCUGACUGGAAACUGCAGAGGUUGUAAAGAAGUUAGUUCCUGGACCCAAAGCCACCAAAAUUCUCUGUGAAUUUCCAGUUGGACGGUAAUCAGUCCAGACCCUCAGAGAUAAUAAGUACUUUAUCCUGUCUGGAUAGCUAGUGUGUUUACUUUUCCAUAGGAGCUGCAUGUCUAUCUAAUAACUUUCUGAAACUAGGCUUAAUUUCUCAUUCCAUCAUUAUGGAGAUCCCAGUCUUACCUACACCUAUAGUGGAGGGCUGGUUAACUCUUUCCAUUUCUGUAUGUGAGAUAUUAACCACAAAGUUCUAUAUUAUCCCUGACAGAGCCAAAUCCAUUGUGCUUGGUUGUUCAUAGCCAAUAAUUUCCUUAUCAUGUUGCUGUCAAACCUCCAUGCUUUGAUUUUCAGGAAUUUAAUCUCCUGUUCAGUCACUGAGACAGCCACCACUGGCUACAAACACCUGUAUUUUACUUAGACCUAUUGCAGAAGUGCUGAUGGUGUCAGUGAACUGAAGUUUGACCUCAUUUUUUCCAUCUAUUUUGGCAAGAGAAUUGGAAUUUUUAAAAGUGUAGGAGUAAUAAAAAAUUGUCAAGGACAUUUCUAGUCUUAGGCUGAAUACAUUAAUAAGAUGAGCAGAAGGCUGUGAAGAUAGCAGAAUAAAGUACACAAAUUAUUUUUAAUAAAGUGUUAAAAAAGUCAUAUUUCACAGUUUUUACUCCUUUAAGUAAUUGCUUACAUCUGUGCCCUGGAGUACUUUGUACAAGUGCUUUACUUGCAUUACAAUGACAUUUUUUAACUAAACAGCAUAAUUGAAGAAGCAUUGACUAUUUUAUUAUUCCAGUUAGACAGAAUUUAGGACAAGGCUGACACUUCUUAAACCGUCUGCAGUGGGAAAAUGAAAACAUAUAAAAAACCCCAGAAGUAACACAUGGUACUUGAAAUGGCUCACAACUGCAAAGAAAUCCCUCUACACACUUUAUGUCAUUUGAAGGUAAUUUAUGUAACUCCUGAUACACAAUAAGAGAAAAUGGCCCCUUUUUUUUAACUGAUUAAAUAAUCUACAUACACUUUGACAGAGUAAAAAUUCCUCCCAAACAAGGCAUAUAGACACAUGUAAAAUGGGCAUACCAUGAGGGUGCCUACAUUGGCUGCAUAACUUAAAUGAGUAAAAGUUCUUUGUUCAGUCUGGGGUUUUAAACCUGUUAGCUAGUAUACUUAAGCACUUUUUUCCUAAUAGACUUGGAGACCAUGAAGAGAAAGCACUAUCUUCUUUAGGGCCAAUGAGCAGUCAAGUGGAAGAGGCAUGUGCUAUCCAACCCCCAGUCCUGUCUCUCUCUGGGGUGCUGCUUUUCCCUCUUUCCUCUAAGGCAAUGUGUUGCUAACUGUCCUGAGAGACUUUCAUUAGGACCUCUUUACCCACUAGGUACCAGCUGAUUUGAAAAAAAGGAAACAAUGCAAAGUUGAGGAAGCUUAGUUUGAAACAGUGGGCAGUUUUCCGUGCUUUUAUUGUUAAUGUGCAGUUGUUCCUACUGGAAAAAAAAGAUCAGGAGAGCCUUGAGACAGAAUUGAGCUUCAGGUCUCAAGUGAUUUAGAAAAAUCUCAGGCAAGUUGAGGAGAGAGAAGGACAUAAUCACAUCAUUCAUGAACUUGGGCAUAUCCUGCAGAUGGCUAAAUGAGCAAGUAUUCUUCCAUCUUUGCUCUGGGAUGCUUGCUGCAAAACUGCAAUGAAACAAGGAAAAAACGACUUCAAGAUGCCCCUUACUACAGCCACAGAUGCUUGUAUUCCAUUGCAAUGAAUUUAAGACCCUCCCUGCCUCAGUAUAACCAUGUAGGCUCAUUAUAUACAUUAUUAGCAUAUAUAUUUUUUAAAAAUUUGAGUGGUAGAUAAAGAGUUCUUUACAUAGAUGGGAUUAAUUAAUUGCCUUUCAUUUUGCAUGGGCAGAAGAGUAACUAAAAAAUCAGAGGGAGAAUCUCUGCUUCAUGUUUCUGAGACAACUAACCUCCCAGGCCUCCAGGCCGUUUGGCCUUCUGCGUGGGAUGGGGAGGAAGGGGGAAGCAGCUGCCAGAGUAAUGUUGUUCCUUAGAGUACCAAAAAUGUCAUAAAAGUUAAAAACUCAUCUAAAGUACAGCAGCAGAGUCAGUAUUUGAAAUCUAGGAAAUUUGUGUCGGCACUCAGACACUUUCGUGAAGUUCAGAAUUAGAUUAAAUUUUUAAAUUUUCUACUUGAAGUUUUUCAAAAUCAGACUGUUUAAAACCCUAGGCAAACUGCUCAGACUUCUCAGUUGAUACUGUUUUGAGUAGAAGGUUGGGAGGUGUGACCUGCUGAAGUCCCAUCAAACCCAAUUUAUGCUAUCAUGACUUUCUCUGAAAUUAAAAAUGUCUGGAAGUUCAAGUAAACCUUUUCUUAACAAUUUGGGUUAGCUACUUUUGGAAAAGUAGGCUUUGAUUUUCUAUCACAGGUUGGCUUUUGCAGCCCCAUGCUUUACAGAAAUAUUGAGUUUUCUGCUAUAAAAUUUGGUCACAUAUAGAUCAUGAGCAUUAUGGUCUCAGUACGUCUCUCAGCUGGAACUUGCCUAUUGUAGAGAAACCCUAAAGACAGAAAAGCUUUUGAAAAGUAACUUUCUAUACCUUCCCCAAACAUUUUAAGAAUUCUGAGGGGACUAGCAGUAUUGGAAUUUUUAUUCUAUUUUAAAUUAUGCCUUGGCUUGUUAUAGGAUAGGGCAUCCAAAAGCAGUCUGUGUCAAUCUGGCUUGGAUCCUCUUGACUUAUGUGGUAGUAGUGCAGUUUUUCUUAAAUUUAAGCAGGCUGAACAUUUUGGGAAAACCCAUCACAACUUGAUCAAAGGCCUAAAUUUAAGCAAUCAGUGUCUUGUUCUUCACACAUAUCUAAUAGUCACAGGCUAUGAGUUGUUGGAAGAGACAAGCAGGUUUUGAUUAUAUCCUUGAUCUAUCCACUAGCAUAGCGAAUUCCAUCUAGAGCAAUUACCAGGCUACAAAGCACCAUAUUUUAGUGAUGGAAGAGGGGAUACAUUAUUAAACUGAAGCCUGUGACAACAGAUCCCAAACUACUUUCAGCCUCAUCACAAACCUUGGUGAAAAAGUACUUGCACAUCUUGCACCAAUUUGUUGUCACUCAGCACAGAAAUAGAACUGACUGUCACAGCCUAGUCACAGAUACCCCCUUCAGCUGAGAUUAUCCAGCUGGUGAGAUACAGCAGUUGACACACAGAGCAUGUUAAAUAUCUGAGAGAUCAGAUGCCUUUAGACAGAGAGUCCUGAGCUCCAUAGCUCCAGCUGAACUAAUACUACACAACCCAUUUUCCAAGUUAUGAUCCAGAUUAAAGCUUAUAGAAGCAGGAUAAUUCUGUGCAUGGCACCAGCCUUAUCAUGCUCUGAUAGAGUGUUGCUUGUCAUACCUUCAAACUAGUACUCAGAAAAUGCCCUGGGAGCACACAGGAGCAUGGGAUUGAGUGGUUCCUGCAGUGUCUCCUGGUACCAGCCUGCCGAACAGCUACCAAGGCCUGCUGGCUUGAACCUUCAGACGCAUGUUUUUGUUUAUUUUAAGAGUUCAUGUUCACAAGGUCUAAGUGCAACUAACUUAAUGCUGUAUUUUUUAUUUUUAUUGUUGGUGAGUAGACCAAUUUAUUUAGACUUUAUUAAUACUUGUUCAUUUGCUGGUUUAAGUGCAUGUGAACUAGCCUGAUUUUCUGUCAAAAAAUACUCUUUCUCUCUGAACAGCUGUGUGUCUGUUACCUGGAACUGUUUGUUCCUUUGUGUUUAUACUUAAUGUAAUGCCUAGAGAAACUACCUGAGUGACUACAACUAUGUGGCCUUUUCCAGAGCACCAGUCUGUACCACCUGCACCUUCUUUAUUUUAGAAAUGAAGUGCUAUUUCAGGAUACAGAAAACCUGCUGGAGUUUGAUCCUAACUUUGUGAAUGCUUUGAGUUUGCCAUUUUUAAGAAAAAAAUAGUCACAAAAAUUCUACAUUUGAUGUGGAUGCGUUUGUUUUGUCUGUAGCAGAUAAAUGAUGCUGCAAUUGCAUUCAAAAAGAAGCCCUCUCCCAAACUCCACUCCUCCCCAACUACUCUUUUUUGUAUUUGUUUGUGAGAGAUAAGUUUUAUUAUUUGCAUUUUUACAGCAUCAACUAAAUUUCUGUUCUGCUGACCGACUGAUUCCUUCUUGGCCUGUUUUAUAUGGACACACAGUGUAUAAGCCUAAUUCUUGUUUAGGAUGACAGAUAUGUGAGAUCAUGAGUUUGAAUCCUCAUAGAUAAGCCCUCAGGGGUGUAAAUCAACAUAUCUUUACCUAUGCCAACAGGGGAGUAGAUUGUGUUAAUUUACACCAUUUAAUCCAUACAUUCUCACUCCAGACUCUCCAAGGUUCAUUAUUUGUCAAGUCCCAUUUAAAGAGGCAACUCAUUUCAAUUAUUUGAAUGAAUUCUACCAGUUUUAUUUAUUUAGGGGUGCAUGUAGUUCACCUCCGCAAAUUAAGCUUUUUUUUCUUUUUUGGUUUGGUUUGGUUUGGUUUAUCCAUGGAUGUUCAGUGAAGCAGAAUUUGUAACACAUAGUAUGCACAUAUACACAGCAGUACAUCUUUGAUACUCAUUCAGUCCCCACUGUUACUUUUUCAUGUUCAGUGCCACCUUCCCUAAAUGUCACAGUGGAAUUUAUCCAUAAAUUGUCAUUACCACUGGAAAUCAAAUGUGUAACAUUUGAAGACCAUACUUUUAUUAUCCAUGGUUCCAGCAGAGGUAGAUGGCUUGUCAUUUGUAGAAUAAGGUAUCUUGUAUUGAUCGGGGGGGAGCAAAAAUGCUAAUUUUCCAAUAACUUCAGGAUCAUGCAUAACACACAGAAAUGAAAGCUAGAGAUUGCUCACCACUCCUGGUGAUAAAUUUCCUUGAGUAAUUCUGACAUGUACCUGCAACUAGUGAUAAAAGAAAUGUUUGUGCUGUAAGUCCUGUUCAGUAUUUUGUCAGUAAUGUCAGAUACGUUGUGACUCAGUUGGGCUGUCACAAUGUGUAAUCUAUAUACUAGUGUUCGUGGAUUUCAAAUGUCUUAAAUGUUGCAUGAAAUUAUGUUACAAAAACUAGAUAUGUUUUCUAUUUUUGAAUACCUCAAAACUGAGGGAUCAUGGGCCAAUAAGUGCAAUAUUUAAUUAUUUACUCAGUGUAUAUAAACCUGUGUGAAAGGGAGAAGCAUCAUGUAUGUGUGAUAAGCUGUUGAUGAUGCCUUUGUGGCUUAAGAUUUCCAGUAGAUGUACGUGUCUUUUAGAAAAAUUCUAAAGUAAACACUUUACCAGUGUAGUGUGAGGAUAUUCUUAAGUAACUUGAACUAUUUUUCAUAUAUGAGACAAUGGUAAAAGAUAUUUGUAUGUUUACUGCAAGUGCAUGUCAAGUUUACUUUUAGAGUUUUGAGUGUCCUUUUCUGAAAAUUGUCAUGUUACACUAACACUAGUGGGACAGCACUUUCAGUCAGAAGAUGCCUGUAACCAUUGCUAGACUGUCCAUCCAUAUUUUAAAGCAUGUUCUCUAGAAGCAUUAAAAGAACUUAAGAACUCAGCAGUUAAGUUAUUUAGAGUCAGCUACAUGCUCUGUCUGCCUGUAUUGUAUAAUAUCAUACGAGCAUGUUUUCUUUAAUCUGAUACUGUUAACUCAAUACUUACCUGAAAUACUAAAUAGGGGUACCUGAUAUGCUUGCAGAUGACUUGUCAAACUUCAGUUGAUGCCCUGGGUUAACACUUUUGGGAACAGCUUUGAAGGUCACACUCAGCAGCACAGCACAGUGGAUGCUGACCUUAAUUAGUCACUUCUGACAUUUAAGUUUCUUAGCUUCUCUAGAUUCUAAAGAUGGAAGACACAUCCUUAAAUAUAUUGACCCACGUUCUUCACUCCAUGUCACUCAAAGUUCAACAACUCCACUGUUAGGAAUAAAGCUGAGGCACAAAUGGAAACAAAAGGCAGGUCAAAAUCUAACCAUGAAAUUAACAGGAGACAUCCAAUAAUUUAUUUUUCUAGCUUUUUUUUUUUUUUGCUAACCUUGGAUAUUUCUAGUAGUUCUCAAAGAACAUGAGCAAGGCCAACACUAGUUAGCAACACCCUUGGGUACAGUCGGGACCUUAAACCCUCAAUCACUGGUCCUGGUCUGCCGUGGGUUCACAGCCAUGCCCACAGAGUCUGGUAAUUCUUGCUAUAUCUCUGGUUUCAAAGGAAUAUGUCUUCUGUCUUGGGAAUUUGCUAAAUAUAUAUAUGUAUAAGCCACUGUAUCUGGGCCAUGGGAGGAACUGGUUUUGCUGAACAAAUUUCAUUAAAAAGUAUAUUCAUUAGUACCAUACGAAAGUACAUAAGUAGAUUUUUAGUUUGAUCUGAUGCAUUUUUGUGACAAUGUAUAAGGUAGAUUUAGGUUUUGGGGUUUAGUUGGGUUUUGUUUGGUUGGUUUUUUGUUUUUUGUUUUUUUUUUUUUUUUAAUUAGCUUGAUCAGGAAAAUAAUGAAACUCUAAGGCCUGCUGGAAACCAGUAAGUAUCAAGGUUUUCCUUUCCUGUGCCAUCAAAUAGUUUCUCUGAGAUAGCCAGAUUGCAUUAAGUAGCACAGGACAGUACUUACAAUGACCUGAAAAGUCCUUAAAAUUCUCAUUUUCUUUGUACCUUCUGCUAUUAAAACUUCUGCAAAAUUAUACAGAAGACCAGGGUGAAAUGAAAAUGUAUAUGGAGAAAAAAAUGGGGAUUAUUAAUCAAAAAAAGGAAAUUCUCAGCAUCAUUGUAGCUGAGCAAGAGACAAAGUAGCAGUCAUAAUAUGAGGUACCACUUUAUAAAUAGAGAUAUACAAUAUACAGACUGCUACAGGACUAUGUAAACUUUUUAUUGCUAAGUGACCUGACAGUUCAAGGGCUGGCAGAUAAUUUUACCUAGAUUUUUUAUUAUUCCUCAUAGGCAUGUGAUUACAUGCAAAAAGAUAAAUGCUUACCUUGAAAAUAUGUAGCUUUUCUGGUUAACUCAAACUAACUUGUUAAAGGAAUUGUUCUUAAAGAAAAGUUGAAGUACUUGCUUAGGAUACCUUUGUGAGGGGGUGAGACUCAAUCUGUGCCUUCUCCCCUGACUCUUAUUGCAAUAUAGUUACUGUGGUUUUAAAAAAUAUGUUAGUUAGAAUGCUGCUGGGUGUCAAAUUUUGUGAAUCUUCUGCAUACGUCCACAGGAGCUCUUUCUGAAUGUGAAGUACAAGUUUUAUCUAUGUGGAGAGUUUUAAUUCUGUGAGGACAUAGAGACCAUGUGUAUUCCAUUGGGUAAUGUGUUUGUAUGUGACUUCUGUAUACCAAGUGGAUUUUGCUUAAUUUUUUUCUGGAUUUUUUUUUCCCUUUUGCGAUUACAAUAAAUAUUCAAGAGUCUAUAUUCAUGAA